AUGGCUGGACGGGAGCACGCACUUCACAUGCAGCAUGCGGCCGCUAAUAACCAUCCGCAAUCUGCACGGAUGACCUCUAUUAAUCUGAAGCCGGAGUUCACCGAAGGCCAGGGGCCAGUCGUGACGUUCACGAAGCUCAACGUUGAGUACUUCCGCACCAUUCCGGGAUGGCUCAAAUUAGCGCAGUUGCUCAUCGGUGUCAUUUGCCUCGGCUGCGGAUCGCCGGCUUUGUUCGGCUUCGCCAGGUUUUACAUCUUCGUCGCUUCGGUCAGCUUCAUCUGCACGGCAUUGCUCACACUGGCGAAGCUUUUCAGCAUCACGAUUUCGAUUCCGAAAGUUGAAUGGACCUUUGCGGAAAUGAUUUACACCUUGGUCUGCUGCUGUCUGUGGGUCCUAGCUGCCGUGCUCGAGCUGGCCAUUCCCACAUCGAACUCAUUCCGGAUAUACGGACUGCUCGGCGAACAAUUCAGGAACCAGUAUGUCGUCGCCGGCAUCUUCGGUCUCUUCCAAAUGAUCACCUACGGCGCGGGAACGUUCUUCCUGUUCGUCGAAUGGCAGGCCUCGAGACCCGCUCCCGCUCCGACCAGCAUUCCGCAAUCGUAG